GUUUUGACAACCUGUAUGUGGUUUUAUUUUGAAAGUCUGUGUGGCGAGCAGCAGCUCAGGUUUCAGCUGCUGUGGGUCAAACCUCAGACUGAGGGACUCCCAGUCCAGUUCUGGUCCUCUGGAUCGAUCCGGUCCGGAGUUUAUCCAUCAUCGAUGGCCAAGUGGGGGGAAGGAGACCCUCGGUGGAUCGUUGAGGAAAGAGCUGAUGCCACCAACGUCAACAACUGGCACUGGACGGAGCGAGACGUCACGGCCUGGUCUUCGGACCGCCUCCGUCAGCUGCUGCUGGGCGUCCGGGUGGAGGGGUCAGAGGGCGUCUGCGAGGUCACAGAGGUCAGCAGGCUGGACGGAGAGGCGUCCAUCAACAACCGCAAAGGAAAACUCUUCUUCUUCUAUGAGUUCCAACUGAGGGCCAACUGGUUAGGGACGUCCUGCAGUGGACUGAAGUACCGAGGGACCAUUGACGUCCCCAACCUGUCCGAUGAGAACGAUGAAGACGACCUUGAUAUCUCGGUGUGUCUGUGUAAGGACCAGCCCAGCACCCCGCUGCUGGACCUGAUGAAGAGGUCUGGUGGGAAGGAGGUCCGCAGGGUUCUGGGCCAGUACGUCCGUGACCUUAAAUCAGAUUUCAGUCAGGGGAUGAUCCUUCCCACUGCUGACGGGCAGAAACCAUCCACACCUGUGGCGAGCAAGAAAAACCAGGUCAAAACCAGUAAAACUCAGGUUAGCUCAGACGCUAAGCGUUCGUCCAGCCCGGCUACUUGUCCCACAGGUGUUCGCAUCCAGACCUGCAGCUUCAGCCUGAGGGAAACGUUCCAGACCUCUGCUGAUGAACUCUACAGGACCUUCAUCAACCAGGAGUUUGUUCAGGUGUUUACGCGCUCAGCAGCGACUGUUGACGCCCGGCGAGGAGGAAAGUUCCUUCUUCUUGACGGCAGCGUCAGCGGAGAGUUCACAGAGCUGGUACCAGACCAGAGGAUUGAGAUGAGGUGGCGCUUCAGGACUUGGCCCAGCGAGCACUGCGCCACCAUCAGGCUGGAGCUGGUAGACCGAGGAGACGAGACGGAGCUGGAGCUGGAGGCCCGAGGAGUUCCUGCUGGAGAGGAGGAGACCACCAGGGAGGGCUGGAGGCGCUUUUACCUCCAGGCCAUCAAACAAACCUUUGGGUACUGAGAGGGCCUGGACCCAGAGGAACGCCUGUGAGACUGCAGAGUCUUAAACAGUUUCUGUUGUUGGUGUCCUGAAGGAACAUGAGCUUCAUAAAAUCUCCUGCUGCUCAUUUCUGUCCAAGGUGGGUCCAGAAAGUCGGUACCCUUGAUGGGCAACGUCGACUGAAAGCCACAAUGAAGAACCUGAAAAACGAUUUAUCUGUUCAAAGUGUUUGACUUUUUACAGUGUUUGUUCUGAGCUAAAGGAGCUAAUCCUGAAGGAACCUGUUUUCUAUACCAGUGCUAACUACAAAGUUAGCUACGCUAACACUACCCUACUAAUCAUAAACAUUAGUUCUGCUAAUGCUAAGGCGCUGUAGCAACACACUGUUUAGUGGAAGCUAAUGCUAAACUAGCUUUAACCAAAAAGACUUUAUGUGGAAUGAAAAGAUCUGUGGUAUGUUAAGGAACUCAGAUCCUCUAAAGACGACAAGCUUUGAGCACCAAGUUCAUUUUGACUUUAUAAUUUACAUAUUCUAUAAUUUACAUAUUCUAUAACGAUGUUGCAAUACUAAAUAUUAUGUAUCUUGUUUUAAAUGAAGUUUAAAACAAGAUACAAGAUUUGGGGGAAAAUUAGAAUAAGAGGAAAGG